AUGGUCCCCGCCGAGGCAUCGGCAGAUGCCCCCGGGGCAGCUGCCACCGCGGUGCUGGCGGCCGCUGCUAGGGCGGAUGUCGCCGCCGUGGCCCCGGUGACCCCCGCGGACGUGUGCGCUGCCAAGGUACCGGCGGGCGCCCCUGAGGGGGCCGCCGCCGCGGUGCUGGCAGCCGCCGCUGGGGCGGAUGUCGCCGGCGAGGCUCCGGCGACCCUUGCGGGCGUGGUUGCCACCGAAGUACCGACGGGUGCCCCUGAGGUGGCCGCCGCCGCGAGGCUGGCGUCCGCGGCCGGGGCGGAUGUCGCCACGGGGGCAGAUGCCGCCGCGGCCGUCGAGGAGAUAGCCGCAGCUGCUGCAUAG